AUGGCGGCUGGAUUGCUGCUGCCGCAGGCGGCGAGGCUCUGCUUCUGCUUCUGCGUCUGGGCCGUCGCCGCCCUCUCGCUCGCCGGCUCCUCGGCCGCCGCGAACGGCACGAGCGCCGGUGCAGCAGGCGCGGCCGGCGAGGCGGUGGUGGUGGACGCGCGGGCCGCCGUGGCGGAGACGGACUCGGCGUUCGUGUGCGCGACAUUGGACUGGUGGCCGCCGGAGAAGUGCGACUACGGCACCUGCGCCUGGGGCCGCGCCGGCCUCCUCAACCUGGACCUGUCCAGCAAGAUCCUGCAGAACGCCGUGAAAGCCUUCUCCCCUCUCCGGCUCCGGCUCGGCGGCUCCCUGCAGGACCUGGUGGUCUACGGCACCGGCGACACCGGUGCGCCCUGCUCCCCCUUCACCAAGAACACGUCGGCCAUGUUCGGGUUCACGCAGGGCUGCCUGCCCAUGCACCGGUGGGACGCGCUCAACGCCUUCUUCCAGAAAUCAGGUGCACAGAUUGUCUUUGGGCUGAAUGCGCUGAAUGGCCGGGUCCCAAUGCCUGAUGGCUCCAUGGGAGGGCCAUGGGAUUACACAAAUGCUGCCUCUUUCAUCCACUACACCGUCAGCAAGGGAUAUGAUAUCUAUGGCUGGGAGCUUGGAAACGAACUCAGCGGCAGUGGAGUUGGGACUCGGGUCGGUGCAGAUCAGUAUGCCGCGGAUGUGAUCAACCUGAACCAAAUCGUUGACAAAGCCUACCAAGGAUCGAAACCGCUGGUGAUCGCGCCGGGAGGCUUCUUCGACGCGGGUUGGUUCACCGAGCUCGUAGCCAAAACAAAGCCGAACCAGAUGGAUGUGAUCACUCACCAUAUCUACAAUUUAGGCCCCGGUGUUGACACGCAUCUGGUUGAGAAAAUUCUCAACCCCUCUUACCUUGAUAAUAUGGUAAGCACGUUCAGCAAUCUUCAGGGGAUUCUGAAGUCCGCUGGGACAUCCACCACCGCGUGGGUCGGCGAAGCUGGAGGCGCUUACAACAGUGGCCACCACCUUGUAACUGAUGCAUUUGUGUUCAGCUUCUGGUUCCUGGAUCAACUCGGGAUGUCCGCAAAGUACGACACAAAGAGUUACUGCAGGCAAACCUUGGUUGGAGGGAACUAUGGCCUCCUCAACACAACAACAUUUGAACCAAAUCCUGAUUACUACAGUGCUCUGCUAUGGCAUCGCCUCAUGGGAACCAAGGUUCUCUCCACGACAUUCAACGGCACAAACAAGAUCCGUGCUUAUACGCAUUGCGCAAAAGAUUCGGAAGGGAUCACCCUACUCCUGAUCAACCUCAGUGGCAACAACACAAACCAUAUCUAUGUGUCCAGCGAGGGCGCCCAAGAGGUCGCGCAUCCCGACGGUGCAAAGGAGCACAGAAGGUCCAUUCCGAAGCUCGGGGAAACACCUGGGCUCACAAGGCAGGAAUACCACCUCACAGCCAAAGAUGGGAACCUGCAGAGCCAACACAUGCUGCUCAAUGACAAUGUGCUGGCCACCGGUGCCAAUGGAGCCAUCCCCAAGCUGGAGCCUGUGCAGGUUGAGGGAACACAGCCCAUAACCGUGGGCCCUUACUCCAUUGUGUUUGCUCAUAUUCCAGGCUUUUAUGCUCCUGCAUGUAGGUAG